AGAAAAAGCCUGAAGCCAGCAUUAAACAUGACGAAGUUUGUUAAACAUAGUGUCGGUCGCACAAUGUUUCGUACAAUGUUGAUUUCCAUGACAAUCAUUGCUAAUUCAGCUAGAUAUACCACAGAUACUACAGGGCAAACAACAUGGAUCAUCACAGAUGCAGAUGGUCCAAGUGUACGGCCAUCUUCAUCGGAAGGGAUCUUGGGCAACUUUGCUCCGACCGAUGCAACGCAGAAGACAUCACCAUUUUCCACUGCCAUGGUGGAAACCUCUAUGCUAACAUCGCAGAAGGACUUUGUGACGUCGUACCAAAGAUCACACCAAACAGAAGACGUACAAGACUUCCUCAGCGAGCUUACCACUAUUACUUUCAAUUACAUAUCGACAGAGACAGUUUCCAUGGAAACAGGUGGAUGGCAAUGGGAAUUCUCUUGGGAUUGGAACAUCAUCAUGCAACUGAUCCUAUCACUGGUGGGUGUCUUUGGUAAUCUCCUUGUGGUCAUUGUACUGAUAACCCGCAAGUUCACCUCGAAUUCGACAGACAUUCUCAUAAUGGCUCUCACAGUCUCUGACUUGCUGACAUCAAUUUGUAAUAUCCCAAUUCCACAGGCAUCGCAAUUACCUGCUUCGAUACUUGGAGCCUUGUACUGCCGAAUAAUUCAUUACAAAUAUCACACUUGGGUGUGUGUCAUUACUUCAAGCUUCAUCCUCAUGGCAUUGUCCGUCGAGCGGCUUGUUGCGGUCUACCGUCCUCUCCAUUUUCGGAAAAUCUUCACCAACCGCCGAGUUUACAUUUUCAUCCUCUUAACAUGGUUGUUUUCCCUUCUUUCCUGCAGCUACUACUUCAUCGAUAUCAAGGCCAUGUUGCAGGAAAGCUUCUCAAAUGAAAGAAAUUGUGAAGCGUCUGCAUCUGUUCCAGCAAGAAUAAAGGCACUGAAAGUGUUUACCGUGAUAAAUUUUGUAAUACGUUUGGUUAUUCCGACCGUUGUGAUGAUAAUUACCCAGAUAGCAAUGGCUUCUAUACUGCAUCUCAAAUCCCGUCAUCUUCAUGGGCCCGGGUCGCAGCAGUCAGGUCAGUCCUACCACAUCGUUGCCAGGAAUCGCAUCAUCAAGAUCAUGCUCAUUGUGGUGGUCGUCUUCAUUCUCUGUUGGGCUCCAAGCCAGAUCACAUGGGUAAUUAUCUCUUUUCAAGGAUCAGCCAAAGACUACAGCCUCAGCACUCUCCGUCAGAUCCUGAACCUAGCCACCUUCUUCAACUCCUCCAUUAACCCUUUCAUCUACACAUCGCAGUAUCCCAAGUUCCGUUCUGCCCUCAAGGAUAUUCUAAUAGGUAAAACGCAGAAAAAUGCGCCAAUGUUCGGAUCCAACUAA